AUGGGUGCUAAAGAGGUUGACAAGGCCCUCCGGGAAUCCUUCAAGAAGGGCUUGGCUGUGCGAAAGAGCAUAGCUGAUCUCAAAGAAAGUAAGAAGCUUGAGAAGGGUGAGAAAGCCAAGAAGACACGUGGCACUCUCAGUGUGGCCUCCUCGUCGUCUUCCGGGGUGCCAGAUAAUCCGCCCGUGCCGCUGGAUGAACGUCUCAAUGGACCCACCUCGCUGACAUUGGGUGAGCUCAUGACCAGUGAGCGGCUCAAUUAUGAGGAUGCCUUAAGGGUUUUUCUGAAUGUCAGGCAGGAGUUUGAGGAGCAAGCAAAGAACGAAGCCAAGGCAAACUCCAAAACCUCUCGCAAACGCAAAGCCGAAGAGACACCGAACGAGGAAGAGGAUGACGAGCCCGAUUCCCCGGACCCUACCAAGCCUCCAAAGGCCAGCCCCAAGACCCGAGGCAAGCCGAAAGCCAAGGGCAAGGCGAAGCCCCUGCCCAAGGAGCCUGAGGAGGAGGAAGAGGAAUCUGACAAUCAGGAUCCCGGCAAACUGUUGAAGGCCACCCCAAAGACCCGAGCCACGCCCAAAACCAAGAGCAAAGCCAGCCACACCGCCAAAGAGCCACAGGAGGAGGAAGAGGAAAAAGAGGAUUCCCCGGAGGCCGCCAAGCCCCCAACCCGAGCCACGCCGAAAUCCAAGGCAGAUCAGGAGGACAAGGAGCACGACCUUGCCAUCCUUCCAAAGGCCAGUCCCAAGACUCGAGUCAGCCCAAAAGGGAAAGCCAAGGGCAAGCCCAAGCCCCUGCCCAAGGAGCCAGAGGAAGAGGAAAAUGAUUAUUCACCGAAGUCUGGCAAGCUUUCCAAGGCAAACCCAAAGGGCCGAGCCACGCCGAAAGCCAAGGAUGAGGAGCACGAUUCCCCGGACCCUGCCAAGCCUCCAAAGGCUAGCCCCAAGACCAGAGGCAAGCCCAAAGCCAAGGGAAAUGCCAAGCCCCUGCCCAAGGAGCCUGAGGAGGAGGAACAGGAAUUUGAUGAAAGUCAGGAUUCCGCCAAUCUGCCAAAGGCCACCCCAAAGAGCCGGGCCACGCCGAAAGCCAAGAGCAAGGCCACAUGCACCGCCGAAGAGCCACAGGAGGACGAAGAGGAAGAGAAUCAGGAAGAGGAGGAAGACAUCGCAGCGGAACCCAAGAAAAAGGCAACCCCGAAGUCGAAAGCUGCAACAAUCCGCAGGACAAAGAAAAGAGCCUUGAAGCGCAAGAAUGCAAAGGAGAGCUUGGAGGAGGAUGCUGCAAAGAGCACGAAGAGCAGGGCCAUCACCGCUCGCACACCCCCGAAAGUCCGCCUGCAUGGGAAGACCAAGCCUGCAAGAAAAAAUCAGAAGGUACCUCCGGCCCCGCAUCCAGAUGAAGCUGACACCCAGCUCGAGAACCUAGGGAACCAGCCAGGUGAUGACUCCGAUGGUUUGGCACCGCAGCAUGAGGAGGAGGAGCACUCGGAACACCAUGAUGACACGGAGCACACAGAACAGGAUGAUGACGAGGAGCAAGAGGAUGGCGAGAAGCACCCAGAACAGAAUGAUGAGGAGCAGCAGGAGGAUGAUGGCGAGGAGCACCCAGAACAGCAUGAUGAGGAGGAGCAGCCAGAAGAGGACAAGGAUGAUGACCAGGAUUCUCCCGAGUCCUGUCUCACCUUCAAAGCCGGGCAACACAGCCUGAAUUAUGCGGGCGAGGCGGCACUUCGUGGCACGCUUGCUCGAGGCGACUCCCUAUCUGACUUGUCGGAUCUAUUGAAAACGUCCCUUGUCCUCAAUCCAAUGCCUGAAACCUUAAACUAUCUAUGUAGCCACACACCCCCAUGUUACCAGUUGAAACCUAAUCAUGAUCCAAGGCUUGGCCCCAGUGCCAGCCAACUCGGCUACGCAGAGGAGCUAAGCGGCUUGCUUCGACGUGUUGAUGGUUUGGUGCAAAGCAAGGAAGCCGAGUCUAGUGCGAAGGCAGCAGCAGCCAAGCCCGAGCCAGGAUCAAAGCCCGCAUCCCCACCCAAGCGAAAAAAGACAGCAUCAAAGCCCGCAUCCCCGUCCAAGCAAACAGCUGAAUCACCCGAGAAGCCGUCAGCUGCCAAGCCACCAGCCCCGGCCGCAAGAAAGCCCGCACUCCUGGCCCUGCCGGCCACGGCUGGUCAGGUUGAGGGUCAGGAGAGAGAAGGUGUUGACCGCUUUUACAAGGCUGGCAAGUUCGACGGGUGCCCGAACGUCAAGAUGCUCAUGGAAGGCUCGCUCGAGGAUCGCAACAAAGCCCUGCGAGAGUGGGUGACUUUCGGUGGCAAUGCAGCCCAGAUGGAAGCCAAGCUGAGCUUCGAGCGAACGAGCUCGGUUCUUGGACAGCGGGUGUGGGAACAGGUUGCGGUGAAGGACAUGCGGCAUCCGCCGUAUUCGUUCAGCAAGCUGCCCGGUGUUGAUUUAACGCAGUGCAUGUGCUAUGUGCUUGCUGCAAUGAUAGCUCUUCAGUUGCUGUUGGUACGCAUCACCUGCACUGAGACGAAAGAUUGA